AAUGUCAAAUUUUGUGUCGAGAUCUGAUCAGUGCACUUUAUUGAUCCAUAAUCAAUGGCCGUUAUCUAAACAAUUGUGGCACAUAUAGGGAAAGAGGUUGAAUGCUUGUUUUUUUUUGCCAAACCAUAACAUUUCUGGAGGUGCGUCGAACUGCUUCUUGCCACAUAAUCUACGAAUUUAUUUCCGCCUGUCAAACUAGCUGUCAGCGACAAGGGGCUGUACUCGUGUGGAGCAGAGGACUCGAGCCUUCAUUCAGGAAGUCCAGACAACACUUCAGAAAGUCAAGGUGUCUCCUCCGGAGUUGGACUAAAUGUUAUUGGAAACGUGGGAUUCUUUAACAGGAGCAAAAACAUCACUGGUUUUCUCCCAUCAUCUGUUCCAGUCAUGAAACGGAGUGGGCUGUAGACCCACUCUGAGCCCAGAGAAUAGCAGCACCUCCUUAUACACUUUCUAAGGUGGGUAUGGUAAAUGCCUGGCGCGUGGAUGAGGAGGAGCAGCUGCAGUGAGGUGGAACACCACGGUAACCACGGUACCGUCUAGCCCUGCCCACCCCACCAUGCCCUCGUCCACGCGGAAGGGACCGCUGAAGGACCCCGAGCUGGCCGACCUCUUUUUCAAAGAUGACCCCGAGGAAGUCUUCUGUGACCUGCACGAGAUCGGCCAUGGCAGCUUCGGGGCUGUCUACUUUGCCAGAAACUCCUACUCCAACGAGGUGGUGGCCAUCAAGAAGAUGUCCUACAAUGGCAAACAGACCACCGAGAAAUGGCAGGACAUCAUUAAGGAGGUCAAGUUUUUGGAACAGCUACGCCACCCAAACACCAUUGAGUACAAAGGCUGCUACUUGAAGGAUAACACUGCCUGGCUGGUGAUGGAGUACUGCCUAGGCUCCGCAUCAGAUUUACUAGAGGUUCAUAAGAAACCGCUCCAAGAGGUUGAAAUUGCUGCCAUAACCCACGGUGCCUUGCUAGGACUGGCUUACCUACAUUCCCAUAAUAUGAUUCACAGAGAUGUGAAAGCUGGAAACAUUCUGCUAACUGAGCCAGGCCAGGUCAAACUGGCAGACUUCGGCUCUGCCUCCAUAGCCUCUCCUGCCAACUCCUUCGUAGGAACACCUUACUGGAUGGCCCCGGAAGUGAUCCUAGCGAUGGACGAGGGCCAGUAUGAAGGGAAGGUGGACAUCUGGUCCCUGGGAAUCACCUGUAUUGAACUGGCGGAGCGCAAGCCUCCCCUGUUCAACAUGAACGCUAUGAGUGCCUUGUAUCACAUUGCCCAGAACGACUCUCCCACGCUGCAGUCCAACGAGUGGUCUGACCCGUUCCGGAGCUUCGUUGACUACUGCCUACUCAAAAUUCCUCAGGACAGACUUUCGUCGGGGGAGCUGCUGCGGCAUGACUUUGUCCGUCGGGAGCGUCCCCCACGGGUCCUCACGGAGCUCAUCCAGAGGACCAAGGAUGCGGUGCGGGAGCUGGACAACCUGCAGUACCGCAAGAUGAAGAAGAUCCUCUACCAGGAGAAACACAACGGACCCAUGGGGGAGAGCCAGGAGGAGGAGGAGGAAUCUGAGCAGGCCAGCUGUAAGACGAACAGCCUGGGCAGUAAUCACUCCGUCCCCAGCACCUCGGUCAGUACAGGUAGCCGGAGCAGCAGCAUCAACAGCAUGCAGGAGGUCCUAGACGAGAGCUGCUCCGACAUGACCAUGAUGCACCACGACUACGACAGCACCCUCGAGUCCUCCGCACACACCAAGAAGGACCAAGGGUAUAACUGGGAUGAUGGUCUGAAACGUGAACACAGGCCAGAGCUGAGACCAGCCUCCUCAGACAAGAGCCAGGCACACACAUACCGCCACAACAACUUUUCUACCAUCAAAUCAGCAUCGCUGGUGACCAAGCAGAUCCAUGAGCAUGAGCAGGAGAAUGAGCUGCGGGAGCAGAUGUCCGGGUAUAAACGUAUGAGACGGCAGCACCAGAAGCAGCUGAUUGCUCUGGAGAACAAGCUGAAGGCAGAGAUGGACGAACACCGACUGAAGCUGCAGAAGGAGGUGGAGACCCAGGCCAACAAUGCCUACAUAGAGCUGGAGAAACUAGCUAAGAGACAUGCCGUCCACUGUGACAAAGAGAUGAAGACAACGUCAGCAGACGAGAGGAAGUUCCAGCAGCAGAUAGUGGCCCAGCAGAAGAAGGAGCUCACCACCUUCCUAGAUAAUCAGAAGAAGCAGUACAAGCUCUGCAAAGAGAAGAUUAAAGAGGAGAUGAACGAGGACCACCACACCCCUAAGAAGGAGAAGCAGGAGCGCCUGUCGAAGCACAAGGAGAACUUGCAGCACAGCCAGGCUGAGGAGGAGGCCCAUCUCCUGGGCCAACAGAGAGUCUUUUACGACAGGAACUGCAGAGGCUUCAAACGCAAAGUCAUGAUCAAGAGGCACGAGUUUGAACAGGAGCAGAUACGAGAGGAGCUGAACAAGAAGAAGACCCAGAAGGAGAUGGAACAUGCCAUGCUGAUCAGACAUGACGAGUCGACCCAGGAGCUGGAGCAUCGUCAGCUGAAGACCCUUCAGAAGCUCCGCAUGGACCUGAUCCGCCUGCAGCACCAGACAGAACUGGAGAACCAGAUAGAGUACAACAACCGCCGCGAGAGAGAGCUCCACCGCAAACACGUUCUGGAGCUACGGCAGCAACCCAAGAACCUCAAGGUCAUGGAGCUGCAGAUUAAGAAGCAGUUCCAGGACACGUGUAAGGUCCAGACCAAGCAGUACAAGGCCCUGAGACACCGCCAGAUGGAGGUGACGCCCAAGAGCGAGCACAAGACGGUGCUCAAGGCCCUGAAGGAGGAGCAGACCAGGAAACUGGCCAUCCUGGCCGAGCAGUACGAACAGAGCAUCAAUGAGAUGAUGGCAUCGCAGGCGCUGCGUCUGGACGAGGCCCAGGAAGCCGAGUGCCAGGCUCUGAGGCAGCAGCUGCAGCAGGAGAUGGAGCUGCUGAAUGCCUACCAGAGUAAGAUCAAGAUGCAGACCGAGGCCCAGCACGACAGAGAGCAGCAGAAGCUGGAGCAGAAGGUGUCGCUGCGCAGAGCCCACCUCGAACAAAAGAUUGAAGAGGAGCUGGCUUCCCUUCAGAAGGAGCGUACAGAGAGGAUCAAGCACCUGCUGGAUCGCCAGGAGAGAGAGAUCGACACGUUCGACAUGGAGAGCCUCCGACUGGGCUUCGGUAAUCUGGGGGCCCUGGACCCCCCCAAGGACGACUACAGAUGACUAGGCCAGCCCUGGUGACCUCAGUCUUCAUCGUCUGGUCUGAUGACCCUCCUGUUCCUCCUCAGACCCUUGACCUGAUUUGACCUGAUCUGGUUUUGGUUGGACCGGGCAGUUAGGGUCUUUAGCUACUGAUGUACACACACACACACACACACACACACAUAUAUAUACACACACACACAUAAAUGUGAGUGUACACACACACCAGCCACACACAAACCAGCCGAACGCCUGUGCUGGUCUAAAACCAACGGGCCCCCCUCUCUCGUGGUGUCCGUCACAAGAUGACAAAAAGUGCUGGAUAACUUCCUAGGUUGUCUUUGUUUUAAAGAAUAACAAUACAAUGUCACAGUGUUCCUGUUUCUUGUGUAAUGAUGACGGAAACCAGAGGGAGAGAAUAAGAGACAAUAGAAGUGAAUAAUAUUGUGUUGCUCAAUGAUCAUGCAUUAGAGGUUAAUCAUUUGUUCAAGCUGUGCAAAAACCUAAAGCCGAAAACCUAAAAACAAACUGGUCCUCCUUCUGCAGCCUUAUUGUCUUCUUGGCGCUGCUUCCAGUUCAUUCAACUCUUUUUGCUUUUUAUAUUCUUCAGGAAAUUUUUAUGGAAAAUUUAAAGCAAUUUGAUACGUUGAGAACAUGUUUAAAGUCAUAGUCUACAUAAUGGUACAGUAAAUAAAUGUGACUCCUUCUUUGGA